AUGCUCCAUUUGAGCAUCUCCUACAAUCAACCUAAACUUUGCGCAAAUGCAUCGUGGAAUUCUACAGCAAUAACGUUCGCGAACAGCACUGUAGUUGGUACAAGUCCCACUGGUAUUUUUGUCGAUUCAAAUAAUACCGUCUAUGUUGCUGAUCGAUUAAAUAAUCGGAUCCAGGUAUGGCUUAACGGCAAUAUGACACCCUCAAGAACUAUCUCUGGUGGUUUGUACGCAUCUUAUAGCCUUUUCGUCACAGACAAUGGUGAUAUUUAUGUCGAUAAUGCCUAUUCAAAUAUGCGAAUAGACAAAUGGGGAACAAAUUCAAAUAGUAGUGUUCCGGCGAUGUAUGUUUGUCCACAAUGCACUGGUGUUUUCGUCGAUAUCAAUAAUAUGCUCUACUGUUCAGUGUAUGCUUCUCAUCAAAUUGUCUCGCAAUCAUUGGAUAAAAGUCUCAAUAUGUUGAGUAUUGUCGCUGGUACAGGUACUGCUGGAGCAACAUCGUUAACACUUAAUUCUCCUCGCGGGAUCUUCGUCGAUAAUAAUCUUAGUUUAUAUGUGGCUGAUGGCAACAAUAAUAGAAUUCAAAAAUUUUUAUCAGGACAGUUGAAUGGAACAACAAUAGCAACAGGAACCAUCACUUUGAAUUUGCCAAUUGCAGUUGUUCUUGAUGCUGAUGGAUAUCUAUUUAUUAGUGAUUUUAAUAAUAACCGUAUUAUUGGCUCAGGACCUUACGGAUUUCAAUGUAUUGCCGCUUGUUCUGGACUAGGAUCGCAAUCGAAUCAGUUAUAUGCCCCAAGAAUGCUUAGUUUUGACAGUUAUGGAAACAUAUUUGUCAGUGAUUACGGCAAUAAUAGAAUUCAAAAAUUUCUCCUGAUUACAAAUGCAUGUAAUGGAACGACAGCUGUUACAACUAUAUCUACUGUAACUUCAACCAAUACUACUUUGACAACUGCAUCAUCUUCAAAACUUCUUUCUUACAAUUUACCGAAAUUCACUGCCUAUACUUCUUGGAGCGCCAAUGGAAUAACUUUUGCUAAUACGACUAUAAUUGGAACAAAUCCGUAUGGUAUAUUUAUUGAUACUAACAAUACUAUAUAUGUAUCUGAGCGAACUCCAAACCGUGUUCAGGUGUGGCAUGACAGUAGCAGCACACCCAUAAGGAUUCUCACCAGUGGUUUGUCUAAUCCAUUUACUGUAUUCGUUACUAUUAAUGGUGAUAUCUAUAUCGAUAAUGGUGGUUCAAAUACUCGAGUUGAUAAAUGGACAUUAAAUUCAAGUACUAGUACGUCAGCAAUGUAUGUGAAGAACUCGUGUUGGGGUCUCUUCAUCGAUAUUAAUAAUAAUCUUUAUUGUUCAAUGUAUGCACUCAAUCAAGUUGUCGUGAAAUCAUUGACUACUAAUUCAGCUAUGUGGACAGUUGCUGCUGGUGCAAACUGUUCGGUACCAAGUACGAAUACACUUAAUGGUCCUUGUGGAAUUUACGUUGAUAUAAAUCUUAAUUUAUAUGUUGCUGAUUGCGGUAACAGUCGAAUUCAAUUAUUUCUAUCAACACAAGUAAUUGGAAAAACGGUCGCAGGUACGGGAGCAAUAGGGACUAUUGCUCUAAGUUGUCCUACUGGAAUUGUUCUUGAUGCUAAUGAUUAUCUCUACAUUACGGACUGUGAUAAUCACCGUAUUGUUGCGUCAGGACCGAACGGAUUUCGCUGUUUGGUUGGAUGUUCAGGCGUUUCUGGGUCAUCAUCUAGUCAAUUAUAUUAUCCAACAGCUCUAAGUUUUGAUAGUUAUGGAAAUAUGUAUGUUGUUGAUCAAUAUAAUAAUCGAAUACAAAAGUUUCUUAUAGAAAGUACUUCUUAUAGUGUGACUCUUAAUCAACCAAAUCUGUGUCCAUCUGCAACUUGGUAUACAAAUGCAAUUACAUUUGCUAAUAGUAGUACGGCUGGAACUUAUGUAUAUGGUGUUUUUGUUAGUAUUAAUAAUACUGUUUAUGUAGCUAAUCAACAAACUAAUAAGGUUGUAGUAUGGCUCGAAGGAAGUAUUAAUCCAGAUAAAAUUAUUUCUGGUAAUCUGAGUACACCAAAUGAUCUUUUUGCUACUCCCCUAGGCGAUAUAUAUGUCGAUAAUGGUGCAAAUGGUCGAGUUGAUAAAUUUGCAUUCAACUCAAAUCUAAGUACUUCUGUAAUGUCAGUUCCUGCUGCGUGUUAUGACAUUUUUGUUGAUAUUAGUAAUACUCUUUAUUGUUCAGCGUCUAGUUCUAAUCAGGUUGUUAAGAAAUGGUUAAAUGAUAAUGUACUCACGUCAACUAUCGUUGCUGGCAACGGUACAGCUGGAUCAACAGCAACUAUGCUUAACUUCCCUAUUGGAAUUUUUGUCGACGCUAAAUUUAAUUUAUAUGUUGCAGAUUCUACUAAUUGCAGAAUACAGAUGUUUCCUAUUGGACAAUUCACUGCAAUAACUUUAGUAGGAGCUAGUGUACCAGGAACUAUUACACUUUUGAAUCCAAGUGGUAUUACAUUAGAUGGUAAUGGAUAUCUUUUUAUUGCGGAUUGUUAUAAUCAUCGAAUAAUUGGAUCAGGACCAUAUGGUUUUCGAUGUUUAUUUGGAUGUACAACAAUAUCUGGUUCUGCACCAAGUCAAUUGUAUUAUCCAGCCACUUUAAGAUUUGAUAGUUAUGGAAAUCUAUUUGUUGCUGAUAGAUUUAACUAUCGCGUGCAAAAGUUUAUAUUAGCAUCAAAUUCAUGUAGUCUUUCUUAUAAUCAACCAACAUUUUGUUAUAAUGCUUUAUGGUAUUCUAAUGCAACAACUUUUACAUCAAGUAGUACAAUUGAUACAUUACCAUAUGGUAUUUUUAUUAAUGGAAUUAAUACUGUGUAUGUACCUAAUCGAGUUAGCAACACUAUUUUAUCAUGGCCACAAGGAAGUAAUACAUCAACAAGUAAAAGUUAUAGUAAUUUGAGUAAUCCAUAUAGUCUUUUUAUGUCUAUUACUGGUGAUAUUUAUAUUGAUAAUGGUUAUUCAUAUGGUCGAGUUGAUAAAUAUACAUUUAAUACAUCAAAUCGUGUAACUGUUAUGAAUGUUAAUGGAAGUUGUUAUGGUUUAUUUAUUGAUAUUAAUAAUAAUCUUUAUUGUUCACUUAAAAAUCUUCAUCAAGUAGUUAAACUUUUACUUAAUAAUGGUACAACCAUUCCGACAAUUGCAGCCGGGAAUGGUUCUGCUGGAUCACUAUCAAAUAUGCUUAAUUCUCCUCAAGGAAUCUAUGCUGAUAGUAAUCUGAACCUUUAUAUUGCAGAUUGUGCUAACAAUCGUAUUCAAUUUGUUCAAACUGGUCAAUUAAAUGGAGUGGCAGUCGUUGGUAAUGGAUCAUCAACAAAUAUUAUGCUCAACUAUCCAACUGGAAUUGUCCUUGAUGCUAAUGGUUAUUUAUUUAUUGUCGAUAGUUAUAAUCAUCGUAUUGUUGCUUCAAGUUAUUAUGGUUUUCGAUGUAUAGUGGGAUGUUUGGGAGGUGGUUCAACUGCGUCUCAAUUAUCUUUUCCACAAAGUAUGGCUUUUGAUAGCUAUGGAAAUAUAUAUGUUACUGAUCGAAAUAAUAGUCGAGUGCAACAAUUCACUCUUCAAACUAACAAUUGCAGUAAGUUUCAAUACCGACUACCACCACCACUACUACUACGAGCAGCACCAGCAGUACCUCAACUAGCACUACUACUACUACCACGAGUAAGACUACAAGCAGUAGCAGUACAACAAGUAGUACUACCACCACCACUAGUAGCACUACUACUACUACAACCAGUACUACGAGUAGCACUACGACUAGCAGUACCACUACGAGCAGUAGCACUACCACUACCACCACCAGUACCACAAGUAGCAGUACUACAAGUAGCGCUACUACUACUACCACCACCAGCAGUACAACUACAAGCAGUAGCAGUACCACAAGUACGACUACUACUACUACUGCUACCACAAGUACUACAACAAGUAGCAGUAGUACCACAAGUAGUACUAGUACGAGCAGCAGUAGCACCUCAAGUAGCACUACUACCACGACCACCACUAGCAGUACUACUACUACUACCACCACAAGUACUACAACAAGUAGCAGCAGUACCACAAGUACCACUACCACCACAAGCAGUAGUACCUCAAGUAGCACCACUACAAGCAGUAGCAGUACCACAAGUAGUACUACUACGAGCAGCACUAGUACCUCAAGUAGCACCACUUCAAGCAGCAGCAGUACUUCAAGUACUACUACUACUGCCACUACCACCACUAGUACUACAACAAGUAGCAGCACCACAAGCAGUACUACCACGAGCAUUAGCACUACUACUACCACUACCACCACCAGCAGUACCACUACGAGCAGUAGCAGUACCACAAGUAGUACUACCACCACAAGCAGUAGUACCUCAAGUAGCACCACUACAACCAGCAGCAGCACUACAAGUAGCAGUACUACAAUUAGUACUACCACUACCAGUACCUCAAGUAGCACGGCAUCCAUCACAACUUCUCAAACAUCAAAUAUUAAUGAAACUUGUUAUUCACCGACGAUUACAUUGA